ACCCGCUGGUGUCUGUUUCCAUUUGUCUUGUCGACAUUUAUGAUUUACCCGCCGGUGUCUGUUUCCAUUUGUCUUGUCCUCCACUCAACCACGAGUCGACGACUAGACCACAAGACCAAUAAAAUAAAAUAGACCACCGGGAAGGAAAGAAAAGGAAAGGAAAGGGAAGCUCUCCCAGUCCCAAUCUUUUAUUUAAUCUUGAAACUGGGGUACUGGGAAAACCGGAAAACAAAACAAUGGAGACGUAUUGGUUCAUCAUCGUCGUCUCCCUCUGCAUCUCUGCAAUCCUUAAAUCCCUCCUUAGCCUGCUCUCCUCCUCUAACAACACCCAAGACAAGCUCCCUCCGGGACCCUACACCAUCCCAGUCAUCGGCAGCUUCUUAUGGCUCCGCAUGUCCUUCGCCGAUAUAGAACCCGUCCUUCAAAGAUUGAAAGCCAAGUACGGCCCCCUCAUCUCUCUCAGAAUCGGGUCUCGCCCCUCCAUAUUCGUCGCAAGUCACUCCUUGGCCCACAGAGCCCUUGUCCAGAACGGCGCUGUCUUCUCCGACCGCCCAAAAUCUCUUCCCACCGCCAAAAUCUUCAACAGCAACCAGCAUAACAUCAGCUCCGCCCGUUACGGCCCCACCUGGCGCCUUCUCCGCCGAAACCUCACUUCCGAGAUUCUCCACCCGUCUCGGGUCCAGUCAUACACCCGGGCCCGCCGCUGGGUCUUAGGCAUCCUCUUCCAACGAUUUCUCCACCAAAAUCAUGCUGCUGAUGAGCCCGCCAAUAUGGACAGGACGGUGGUCGGUCACUUCCGCUACGCCAUGUUCUGUCUGCUGCUGCUCAUGUGCUUCGGGGACAAGCUCACAGAGACAAAAAUUCAGGAGGUUGAGAGUUUGAUGCGUCGGGCGCUGCUGAGUUUUGGCCGCUAUAAUAUUCUCAAUUUCUUGCCUAGAUUGGGGAAGAUUCUGUUUCGCAGCCAAUGGAAGGAGCUUCUGAAAUUACGGGAAGAUCAAGAAAAAUUGCUGGUUCCUUUGAUUAGAGCCCGAAUUGAAGCAAAACGACAGCGGCGUAACGAUGAUGAUAAAGAAGAGGAGGAGGAAGAAGUGGUGGCAUAUGUGGAUACCCUGGCGGGCUUGAAAUUGCCGGACGAGAAAAGGGAACUUAGUGAGGGGGAGAUGGUGACGCUGUGUUCCGAAUUUCUGAAUGCGGGCACUGAUACUACGUCAACUGCGCUGCAGUGGAUUAUGGCCAACUUGGUGAAGUACCCUGCCGUUCAGAACAAGCUUUACAGAGAGAUAGUGGAGGUUGUCGGCCCGCCACCACCUUUGUCUUUGUCUUUGUCAUCGUCGUCGUCGUCCGGGGACGGUUUGAAGGAGACGGAGGAGGUGAAGGAAGAGGACUUACAGAAAAUACCUUACCUGAAAGCAGUGGUGCUGGAGGGGCUCAGGCGUCACCCUCCUGGGCACUUUGUGCUGCCCCAUUCGGUCACUGAAGCUGUGGAGUUGGAGGGUUAUGUAGUUCCCAAGAACGCUACUGUGAAUUUCAUGGUGGCAGAGAUGGGCUGGGACCCGAAAGUGUGGGAAAGUCCUAUGGAAUUCAGGCCUGAGAGAUUUUUAGAGGAAAAAAUGGCUGGGGACAAUAGCGAAGGUCAGCUGUUCGAUGUUACUGGGAGUAAAGAGAUAAAGAUGAUGCCAUUUGGCGCUGGAAGGAGAGUGUGUCCUGGCUCGAACCUGGCUCUGUUGCAUUUGGAGUACUUCGUGGCUAAUUUGAUUUGGCAUUUCGAGUGGAGAGCUGUUGACGGUGACGAUGUUGAUCUGUCGGAAAAGCAAGAAUUUACGGUCGUCAUGAAAAAUCCACUGCGGGCGAACGUCUCCCCCAGAGUUAAAUCCACUUGAUUUGUCUAGAACACACUACUGCUACUACUUUAAAGUAGUAGAAAGAUCUCCACGCAAAAUUACUUCGAAGAUAUUCCUAUCCUAAUUAAGAGCAGCAGCGAAAGGGUUGGGUUUAGCUCUCUGUGAACAAAGCUGUUAGUAAGAUAUGUGGACAAAGCUAUAUGUGUUGUGUGUCUUCUUGUAUGCAUAAAGUUCCUGCUAGUUUCUGUUUUCUUGGUACAUGAACAUGCUUUUCUUGCUGUUGAUUUUACAUGUC